GCGUGGCUCGGAGCGGGAAACAUGGCCGGGCCGGGUGCUGGCGAAGGCUGCUCCCGCUACGAGGAUGAGAGGGACGACGGCGUGUUCCGGGCGGCUGUGGCGGUGUUUGCAAAGCUGAAGGACCUCAACUGCCCCUUCCUCAACGGUCUUUAUCUCACAGAUCCAAAGACCAUCCAGGAACUGCUGUGUAGCCCGUCAAAGUACCGCUUGGAUAUCCUGGAGUGGAUGUGUAUACGGGCCUGUCCUUCCAGUCAAGACAGGUUCAGCUUGCUGAAGGGGGCCUCCACUGAGCUGAAGAUCCAAGAGAUGGUGAAACUGUGCCAUGAGCUGAUGCUGUGUGGGCCGGAUGACCAGGAGCUCCUGAAGGGCUGGGCCUGCGCCCAGAAGCAACUGCACUUCAUGGACCAGCUGCUGGACAUGAUCCAGAGCCUGACCAUCGGAUAUUCUAGCUUCGCCAGUGUGCAGGGGCAGUUCGAGGACACUUUGGAGAAGAACGAGGAGCUGCUCGGAGAACUGUACUCCGGCUCCCAGCUGCAGACAAUCCUGACCCCUGAGUGUGACCCAGGGCUCCUGGACAUGCAGCCCCCUGACAAGCAAGGUGAUGACCGGCAGAGGGUCAACUCCCCUGUGGAGUUGGACAAGGAGAAGGUGAUAGAGCUGGCCAGGCUGCUGCAGGAGAGCGUGGUCAAGCUGCAGUCACUGCGGACAGAGUGCUUUCUGCAGCACAAGCAGGGGGCCGCUGUAAGCAGGGUCGACACCAGCACCCUGGACCAGAAGCUGCGCCUGGUCAUCUCUGACUUCUACCAGCUCGUCAUAGCUUUCCUCCAAGUCUACGAUGAUGAGCUGGGUGAGCACUGCCAGCGCCCAGGCCCCUACGUCCACCCGUGCGGCCCCAUCGUCCAGGCUGUGUACCAGACUCUGACCUCGUGUCGUCAACUGUUGAUAGCAGUGAUGGAGCUCACUGACGUCUCGGCAAGUGCUGUAGGCAUGGCGCAGCGGCAGCAGGCUGAGCAGAUCUGUUGGAGCAGCAACAACUCUGUGAUGAGUCUGGUCACCAAAAUGGAAGAACUAACCCAGAAAUACAAGCUCUUCAGUGACACUCUGCAGAAAGGCCAGAAGGAGUCUGGGAGCAGGAAGCUGUGCCCUGAACAGCUAGGUGGCCAGGCAGGACCGAGCCAUCUGCAGUAGAAGUCGUUACAGGCCCCAUGUUUUCCAGGCACAGUCUCCAGAUGCCUGAGCCUUCAGCUCCUUGGAGAGAGAAGGAGGAAGGGCAGAGGUUAGGCAGGGUGGUAUGAGCUGGAAAAAAAAAUAAAA